CGGCGGAGGAGGCGCGGCGGCUGGAGCAGCGCUGGGGCUUCGGCCUGGAGGAGCUGUACAGCCUGGCGCUGCGCUUCUUCAAAGAGAAAGAUGGCAAAGCAUUUCAUCCGACUUAUGAAGAAAAACUGAAGCUUGUGGCACUGCAUAAGCAGGUUCUUCUGGGUCCAUAUAAUCCUGACACCUGUCCUGAGGUUGGAUUCUUUGAUGUGUUGGGGAAUGACAGGAGGAGAGAAUGGGCAGCCCUGGGCGGCACGUCUAAAGAGGAUGCCAUGGUAGAGUUCGUCAAGCUCCUGAAUAGGUGUUGCCAUCUCUUUUCAACAUACGUUGCGUCCCACAAGAUAGAGAAGGAGGAGCAAGAAAAAAAAAGGAAGGAGGAGGAAGAGCGAAGGCGGCGUGAAGAGGAAGAAAGAGAACGUCUGCAAAAGGAGGAGGAGAAGCGUAGAAGAGAAGAAGAAGAAAGGCUCAGACGGGAGGAGGAGGAGAGGAGGCGAAUAGAAGAAGAGAGGCUUCGGUUGGAGCAGCAGAAGCAGCAGAUAAUGGCAGCUUUAAACUCCCAGACUGCCGUGCAGUUCCAGCAGUACGCAGCCCAGCAGUACCCGGGGAACUACGAGCAGCAGCAGAUCCUCAUCCGCCAGCUGCAGGAGCAGCACUACCAGCAGUAUAUGCAGCAGUUGUAUCAAGUCCAGCUUGCCCAGCAACAGGCAGCGUUACAGAAACAACAGGAAGUAGCAGUAGCCGGGGCUCCUUUGCCUCCCUCAUCAAAAGUGAAUGCAGCCGUACCAAGUGAUGUGCUGUCAGUUAAUGGACAGGCCAGAACCCACCCUGACCACGCUGAGAAAGAGCUUGAAGCAGAAGCUGCAGAAGAAGCCCUGGAGAAUGGACCAAAAGAAUCUCUUCCAGUAAUAGCAGCUCCAUCCAUGUGGACACGACCCCAGAUCAAAGACUUUAAAGAGAAGAUUCGGCAGGAUGCGGAUUCCGUGAUUACAGUGGGCCGAGGAGAAGUGGUCACUGUUCGAGUACCCACCCAUGAAGAAGGAUCAUAUCUCUUUUGGGAAUUUGCUACAGACAAUUAUGACAUUGGGUUUGGGGUAUAUUUUGAAUGGACAGACUCUCCAAACACUGCUGUCAGUGUGCAUGUCAGUGAGUCCAGCGAUGACGACGAGGAGGAGGAAGAAAACAUCAGUAGUGAAGAGAAAGCCAAAAAGAAUGCCAGCAAGCCUCUGCUGGAUGAGAUUGUGCCUGUGUACCGACGGGACUGUCAUGAAGAAGUGUAUGCCGGCAGCCACCAGUAUCCAGGGAGAGGGGUCUAUCUCCUCAAGUUUGACAACUCUUACUCUCUGUGGAGGUCCAAGUCAGUCUACUACAGAGUCUAUUAUACUAGAUAAAGAUGUUGUUACAGAGUCUGGAGUCUGGGGGUGGGCAGACGAUGGCGUUUAAUUUGGAAAUUUCCUUUGACUUUGUGGAGCACUGCAGUCAGUGUUCACCCUCUUGAUCUUGAUCUGAUGGUUUGUGAACUCUUGUUGGGCAUCAGGAUUUCCUUGAGACUCUUUGGAGUUAAUACUUUGGGGUUAAAGGGAUUCCUCAGACUCAUCCAGCCCGUGGGUGCCGACCAGCAGAGUCACUAGUGGAUGCUGAAGUUACACGAGCUAUGUGUUAAAUCUUUCAAGUCUCCGAAAUAAAACCUCCAACGUCGACCCCGCCUGGCUGAUGGUUAGUCCAUUGCUGCCUGCUCCCUGUGUCUUAGGAGAGCCUGUAGUUCAGUGCCCUCUGAUUUGAAAUCCUUUUGUUAAUAGUCCACAUGAGGUGCAGCUGACUUUGAUUGAAGGUCACCAUUUUUAAAAUUUAAGACCUCACAGAUUAUAAUAGAAAAAGAAGUUGCCUCAAUUUGAUCUCGUUCUGAAUGACCCAGAUUGUUUUUGCUUUGGGUGUGGCUGUUUAGUUCAGAGUUAUAUUACAGAGAAUUAUUUUCUGAGAUAAUCUUAAGAUAGAAUGUUCAAACCUGAGUGAUAAUUUGAAGUAUCCAGAUACACAGAGCCUCAGGCGUCCGUGUAAGCGAGCCUUCACAAGCUCUUGGUCCUCUUCUCUCCAUCUGAUAAUGCAUACUACUGUAGCAACACAAAACUCAUUCAUUUUUGUCUUGAUUUGGCUUUAUAGGGCAUCUCAAAAUUGAAACUGUUUUCUACACAAGCAUAUAGUUAAGGGUUUUGUAAACUCGAAUUGGCACCUGCUGAAUUAAAAUAUACGAAAUCAUUUAAAUAUAAUUCAGUGUAUGGGGAAUAACAUUGUACUGAUAUGGAAAUCACUGCCCGAGAGAGUCCAUUUUUUUUUUUAAUUGCUUACUACUUAGACACAAACCCUGUAUGAUUCCAGUUUGGAAUUACUUACUAGAGAGAAUUGGAAGUGCAUAGGCCCAUGCUUAAAUUUUUUUAAAGCUUCAAUCUGUAUUAUGUCUUUAUUGAUGAAAAGAGGUACAUCUUUGUUUUCCUGAAAACAAAUAUGGAUUAAUCACCCCAAAUUUGUGUAAGUGAUUAACUAGUAUAGAGAUUCUUGUUUUCAGAAGGGAGGGUGGUAUAGAUAGAAAAUGACAAAGAUGGCAAUAUACACGUUAUGUUAUUAUAUGUUGUUACUGAAAUACUUAGAUGUUUAAAACUUCAAAUCAUAAAUCACUGCUUGUAGGAAGGUUUCCGUUGAUUGGCUGCAGUAUAUCCAGUUCACUACAUAAGGGGCUGUUUGUUUUUUGUGUGCUGCAUUUCCUUGUUUUUUAAUACCUGGUUUUGUACAUAUUUAACUCUGUUCUCUUUUGGUUGUUCAGAAACUGGAUUAUUUUCUCCUAAGCAGCGCUCAAUUUGUGUUUUUUAAUUUUGAUUCAGUAGUCCCAGCUCAUAGGUGUCCAUACUGUACAUCCAGAACAUUUGUCAGGCUGUCCAUGAGCUCUCAUGUAUAUAUGGUAUAGAAACCACGGGGUUAGGCACUUCUGGCUUUUUUUUUAAUGAGAAAAUAUUGUAUUUAAAAUGUAAAAUAAACUUUAAAAAGCAGGCACUAAUAUAUAUUUCUUCCAGCCUUUGAUUACAGAUUUGUCCUUGCACAUGUUAGGAAGAAUUAUCUUCUGAAAAUAUCGUUGUUCCUGGGAGCAGUGUGUGUCACUUCACAUAGCAGCAGUUCCUGUCUCGUGUCCAUGUCAGAACGUUUUUGGUUUUAAACUUUUUUAUUGCCUUUGGCUGUUGAUUAGUACAGUACAAGUGCAAUUUCAAAAAGAUCUUGAAAAUAAUAUAUUUAAUCAAUUAAAAUGUUUAUCUGUAA